CAGUUGCUUUUCACAUAUCUUAUUCUACUACUUUUCAUUAUCUCUACUUCAUACAUAUAAAUAGACCUUCCAUCAAAAACCAACUCACUUAUCUCAGUAUCAUAUUUUUCAUUCAAAUUGUUGUAAACAUUUAACUUUCAGUCCACUAACAAUGGAGUCCAGUGCUUCCUCUAUCAGUGAACUACCAUCAAAUCAAAGAAAAGGGCAAUCCAGCAGAGCUCCAUUGAUGACAAUUGAAUCCAAUAGACCUUCUUUCUUAGCUGUUUGCACAGAGAUUAUUUGCGAAUUAGAUCCACUUUUUGUUGCAGAAUAUUUCGAUGAACUACAAGAACAAUGGAUGCUACAAGAUGGUAUUGGCAAUUGUCAUCAAGUUGAAUUUAACAAAAUCCUCACCAUACCAAUACUUACUACCGGUUGGCAUCAAUUUAGAGAUUUUUAUCAUAUCACAUUGAAUCCACUUAUGUCUUUCACAUAUUUAGGUCAUAGUGUAUUCCAAAUCAAAAUAUUCGAUGGUUCUACACCAAAAAAUGAAUAUCCACGUUACCAUAGAUUGACUACUUGCAUUACUCGAGAUCUAACAUAUCAACUCACAGUUCCAGAAAAUUCAAUUGUUAGUUCAAAAUUGAUUUUACCAACUGAUCUUGGCAACUUUUUACAAGCUAAAAACCAUGAAUAUCUUAGAUUAUGUGGAACAGCUAACAACGUCACAAUAUGUAAAUUGCUAUUUAUAAAUGAUCCACAAACAAAUACCACAAUUGUUAUAAUUGGAAGUGGAUGGAGAAGAUUUUGCUUAAGCAAUCGCAUUGCUCCUGGGACUCUUCUAGAAUUUAAGUGUGACUCUGUCAUGGCAAAAAACAUCAUUAUUGUAUUUAGAUUAACUAGACAAUAUUAAAAGUCUACUAUUCUUAUUGCUAAAUUUAUUGUGUAACUUUGACUAUCAAAUG